UUAAGAAUUAUUAAGUGAUCAAUCAUCUUUCUCCUCCACCCACUUAGCUAUCUAUAUAUAUGCUUCCUAUAUCGCCUUCUCUAUCCACCUCAACUAUUUAUCUCCAUAUCUGGCAAUUACUACUAGUAGCUGUCUCCUUCAGCUUUGUACAACAUACUUGUCAGCUCUUCUUCAAUCGGCCUCUCUCGUUCUAAAUAUGGAUCCAAAUUGCUCUAGGUUCCAAGUCCUUGCACUAGUGAUCUCUUCCUGUUUGAUUUUCUCAUUUUCUAUCUCUGCUAUGGCUUCACCAGUAGUGGUACCACUCAAACUGGGAUUCUACCAAACAACUUGUCCAUCUGCUGAGGCAAUUGUUAGAAAAGCUGUGAGCAAAGCCAUUUCCAAGAAUCCAGGCAUUGCUGCAGGCCUCAUUAGGAUGCAUUUCCAUGACUGCUUUGUCAGGGGUUGUGAUGGUUCUGUGCUACUCGAUUCAACACCAGGAAAACCGGCUGAGAAAGAACAUCCAGCCAAUAACCCAAGCUUACGAGGGUUCAAGGUGAUUGAUGAAGCCAAGGCCCAAAUUGAAGCCAUAUGCCCUAAAACUGUCUCAUGCGCGGACAUUGUUGCCUUCGCUGCUCGCGACAGUGCCUUCAUGGUUGGAGGGAUAAACUAUGCCGUGCCAGCAGGACGUCGUGAUGGACGUGUGUCUUUGAGUGAUGAUAUUCCACAAAAUCUACCGGCUCCCUUCUUCAACGCCACACAGCUGGAGGAUAACUUUGCCAGAAAAGGAUUGUCACGUGACGAGAUGGUGACACUCGCUGGUGCUCACUCCAUUGGUGUGUCUCGUUGCUCUUCCUUCUCCACCCGCCUUUACUCCUUCAAUGCCACUCACCCACAAGAUCCUUCCAUGGAUCCAAACUACGCAGCAUUCUUGAAAACAAAGUGCCCACCAAGCACCGCCGGUGCUGCCAUCAAUCCAACAGUUGCUCUUGAUGUUCUAACGCCAAAUCGUUUGGACAACAAGUACUACAAAGUAUUGAAGAAGCACCGUGGGGUACUGACUUCAGACCAGACAUUACUAGGCAGCCCUUCAACGGCUAAGGCAGUGAUAGACAAUGCUAAAUAUGGUUCCAAGUGGGAGGCCAAGUUUGCUUCUGCUAUGGUGCGUAUGGGUUACAUUGACGUCCUCACUGGCAAACAUGGUGAGAUUAGGAAGAAUUGCCACAUUGUGAAUAAUUAAUUGAUUAAGCUUCCAAGUGUUUGAAAAUAUUGUAUUCUUCAUUAUUUUAUUUUAUUUAUUUAUUUGUUGUGUCAAUUGAUAAUUUAAGUGUAAAUUAAUUCCAGUCUAAAAAAAAAAGUGUAAUUCAAUCAUCCUUUUGAUUAAUGUUGAUGAUUUUUUGUAUUCUUUCUUAUAAUGAAGAGACUAUG